AUGCAACUCCUACAUACUUACGGUAAAGUAGCAUACUAUAAACUGAACCAAUCCAAGACACAGGCUCUGCCCAUAGGCCUUACACACACCCAAGUCCAGGACCUUACGCGAACCUAUAAGUUCGACUGGAGAGCCGACCACAUCACUUAUUUAGGGGUCAAGAUAGCGCCCACAUCGGAACGUAUGUUCCACUACAACUACAAACCACUACUCCGCUUGUGCAAAGCGGAAUGCCUCAAGUGGAAGCCGGUCAAACUGUCAUGGUUAGGCAGAAUCAACACUAUUAAAAUGACUCUCCUGCCAAAACUAUUGUACGUGUUUCGCCUCCUACAUAUACAAGCCCCACCCGCCUUCUUUAAACAGCUCCAACGGACCCUGUCCGCAUACAUAUGGGACUCACGCAAACCCAGACUAUUCCAUCGCUUACUGCAGCAGCGCACAGCAGAGGGGGGUGUGGGCCUCCCAGAUAUUUAUACGUAUUAUAAAGCAGCCAACCUAGAAACUGCAGUGAAAUUACACACCCCCAAAGGCACAUACCAGUGGGUAGACAUGGAAGCAGCGAAAUCCGACAAGAUGCCCCUAGUAGACAUCUUAUGGACCCCCAAAACGCUACGCCCCAAAGACAACCUUCUGUUCCCAACCACAUCACUCACCCUACACCACUGGGACGUGCUAAGGCACUCGCAAAACACCACCCACAAAUUCCACCCACGCACACCGCUGACAGCCCUACGAGCAAUUUCACCGUGGCUCUCACUAAACUCCUGGGUCAAACUGGGAAUUCACAAACUCGACCAGAUCAUGCACCACAACCUCAUCAAGCCUUUCCCAGAACUACAACAGGAAUUCAAAUUGACCAACUCCUCAGUAUUCCCUUACAUGCAAAUCAAGAGCAUCAUACCCUCACACGUGGCAAGAACCACCACAGAGAUUAACCAGAGCACAAAGGUAGUAGACACACUGUAUGACAGAUGCUGGCACACCCCAACUAAACCCAAAACUCUCGCCCUAUGCUACCAGGUAGCUAUGAAAACGGCUCCACACUACUCCCCUCCCUUCGUGACCCAAUGGCUCGCGGACUGCAAUGAGCCGAUAACUGACAAGGAAGUGGAGGCGUCCCCAACUGCCCUCAAAGGUAUUACACAGUGCUACUCACAUGUAGAGGCCCACAAGAAACUAGUAUACAGGUGGUACCUAACGCCCCACAGGCUCCACAUAAUGUACAGCUCUGCAUCACCACUCUGCUGGAGAUGCGGGGAGACAACGGGCACAAUGUUCCACAUCUGGUGGUCGUGCCAAUGUAUACGCCCCUUGUGGGACGAGGCGCAAUCCAUCCUACGAACCAUCGGCAUCACAGAGCCACCGCUAGACGCCCGUACUGGGUUAUUCCUCUCCUACCCGCACUCAACCCCGAAAGCAGUGAAAUGCAUAAUGGCAAUUACCGCAUUGGCAGUACGAAACCUCAUAGCAAACCAGUGGAAGCAACCUCACUGUCCUUCUAAAACUCACCUGCUAACCAAAAUCCACCAAUACCACACAUACGAAAACAUGACGACCAAAACUGCCUCACAAAGAAAGUCUUUCCAAGAGUCCUGGGCACCAUGGGCAAGCUACUGGGACGGGGUUAACACUACCUAACUACCUAACGCCCUACAGGGAUCAAAGACGGUGUAGGUACCACCAACGAAGUGCAGCUCCUAGUUGCUAGUCCUCAAAGUUCUACUACUUGAAUAGGCCCAACCCCUUCUACAGUUACCACAGGGGCCAGUAUCCUCAGAACAACACACCUAACCACAGGGUAGACCUAUCGUCACGUCGCACCACGUAUUGCAACACAUGACGACACCUACAGCUGUGCAUAUGUAUUCCAGGUAUCAUGCUCGCACGCUACUGCUGCAUACCUCCAAGGCAUACCCCCCCUUCACCCUCUCCCUGUUUCUCCCCCCCCCCAGUUGCACCCCCAACUCCACACCGCAAAGAACUCCACUACACCGGUGUACCCGCCAUAAAUCAGCUCACGACUCAAGAGGUUGUGUCACUACCCAGACGCAACGAGUCGCACACAGAGAAACAACCCCCACGACCCCAGGCACUACUAAACACCGACCAUACGCAUCUCAGGUGCAACCGUGUCCCCCCCGGUAUAAUUCAUGCCGACUGUAAUGCAGAAAUUGACACCUGCUAA